AUGGCGCGCCGAAGAAAAGAGGAGAUCGACGAAGAAGCACGCAUCGUGGACGCCAAGCUCAUGGUUCUCCGCAUGAAGGAACUGGAGUUCGAGAGGAUCUUGCACGAGAUGCGCCGAUUGAGGGAGUCGACGGGUUCGGAGAGGCGGGCUUUGGAAGCAAGACAGCAGGAGCUUCAGACAGAACGUCAGCCUGUCAACUGGUUGCCUCCGGAGCUGAUCAUCCACAUCUUUCUCGCGUUCGUGGAGAGUGGCUCGGGUCACCCCGCGGAGGUGUACCACCGGGAGCCUGUCACGCUCUCGCACGUAUGCUCUCGGUGGCGCUCUAUCGCGCUCAGCACGUCGCAGCUGUGGAUACGGAUUUGCGUUCAGGGCGAGGCUUGGAACGCCCGGCCCAUCGUCACGUUCGUCGCACGGUCGGGCAGAUCCCCUCUGUCGGUUAUAUUCGCCCCACCACACAACCUGCCUGAUGGUCACGAGCAUCGGCGAGCCUUGAAACUGCUCCAACACGUGGAAGUCGAUUUUGAGCGGAUGCGCAGCAUCGUCUUUCACUCCCAAGGGACCGAGGCCAUGCAGCAGUUCAUCAGCGUGCUCACACGACCAAACCACGCCUUCAAAGCGCUCGAAAGUCUCGAUCUUUCCAUAGACGCGAUCGCCGCGUCAUCCCUCCUCCUGCCUACUCUUCUACCAACCCAGCUACGAGAACCCGCGCCGGUAUCUUCGCAUUUGACCAUCCUCCGCCUCACCAAACUCCCUUUAUUCAACAUCCCCAGUCAUUUCCUUCCCAAAUUGCUCACUCUCGAGCUCGAGUUCCCUCCGAAGAAGAUACUGGUGGAGGGCUCGACCUCCUACGUGCUUCGCAUGUCACAGCUCGUUCGCUUCCUCGGAUGUACUCCGAGGCUCGAGGAACUUAUUCUCCUCGACACUUGUCCGUUCAUGGAUGUCACGCUGGAUAGAGAGGAUGCCGUUGAGAUCUCAGCCAAUCACGUGCGGGUAAAGCCAGUUGUACUGCUGCAUCUGCGCUCGCUGCAAUGGUCCUAUCCGUUCGCAAGUGACAUUCACUAUUUUCUCUCGUUCUUUGUCAUCCCGGCUCUCGAGCGUUUUGAUGUUGACGUGGACGAGUAUCCUCUCGUCCGGAACAAUGUCGCCCUCUUGCGAGGUUACUCUGACCACUCAGCAUCACAACUUUUCGCUCAAAACCGCGUCAUCGAGCUCUCCAAUCUGCGCGAGAUCACAUUGCAAUGUCUGAACGAGGAGACUGUAGGCAGUGUCCUGCGCAAGUUCGGGUUUCCGGUGCUCGAGAAACUCGACAUCGGUCACGUGAGCGGUUCCAUUCAGAGCGGCCGCAACAGGGCCAAGGAGGCGCUACCCACCUUUCCUCGAUUGGAGUCGAUGUUCAGAGACCCGCGCCUACCAGGACUGACCCAUCUCACCAUCUGCCACUUCGAGAUAUCGGCGGAACUGGGCAAAGCGGAGGCCAUGUUGGGUUAUCUGCCGAAUCUUGUUUCGCUCACUCUCGAUAACUGUCUCGGCGUCGGCAAGCUCUUUGAAUGCCUGUAUCAACUCUCGGCUGUUUCUGGUAGCAUUACCAGGGUCUGUUCUCAUCUGGAUUCUAUCGAGCUGUGGCGCUGCUCAGAUGUUGAUGUGCUCCCUCUCAUAGCCAUUGCAUCGAUGCGCAAUGGGGCUCACAGUGCCCUGAACUCCCAGUCCCGCAGACUCCAAUUUAUCAAGCCCAAGGCGCGGCCGAUGAAGAAGCUUCCGAGACAGGCGGUCGGGAACAAACAAGAGUUGGACCAGAACCUGCCUGCACGGCUCCGGCAUGUUCGCAUUGUGGGAUGUGCCUUAAUCGACGAAGAUCACGCGGAAUCACUCCGGGCUAUGGGCGUGGAGACUGUCCUCUGGACUUCAUUCUAG